AUGGAUUAUUUACGAGACUUAAACCCCCAGCAAAAGCAAGCCGUAUUAGAACUACACCCCCGCCAAGCCCAGCCACAAAAUAUUCUCAUUCUGACUUUUGCCAAAAAAGCCAUUAAGGAAAUCAAAAAAAGGAUUUUUGACCAAGUGGCUUCCGUUGCCAAAAAGGACUUACACAUUUAUAAUUUUCAUUCUUUUUGUUUCCAUGUUUUAAGCCAACAUUCCUAUUUGUUAGGUUUCCCUGCCAGCAAAUUUCCCGUCUACGCCCGCCACGAACAAGAAGAAGUAGUGCGAAAAAUUGUCCGGCAAAUUAAUUAUAACCACGAGCAAAAAGAAAUAAACACCAUUAUUUCUUGUAUUGAAUACCAAGAAUACUUACAAGCCAACAAGGCUUUGGACUUCAACGACCUACUUAUUUACACUAUCCGACUUUUCCGCCAACACCCCUCAGUGCGGGAAGAAUACCAGCGACAAUUUACUCACAUUUUGCUCGAUGAAUUCCAAGACAUUAACGCUACACA